GAGAGGAGAGGAGAGGUAGUAAAAGUAAAAGAUGGGUGGGGACGAGGCCCUAACGCCGGCGGGGAGGAUGUUCCUGCAGCCGCAGAUGAAGCAAAUAAUCCACUGCGUGAUAGGGCUGAAGAAGGAGAUCGACGUGGAGUCGGUGAAGUCGGAAAUAAGGAACUCAACUUUGCUGAAACACCCAAGGUUCACGAGCCUGAUGGUGAGAGACAGAAGGGGAGUGGAGCACUGGCGCCCCACGGAAAUCGACAUCGAUAAUCACGUGCGUAUAAUCGAGGAAGCAUUGGGGGAGCAGGAUGAAUCCGCCAUCAACAACUACCUCUCCGAAUUAUCCAUAGAUACCCUCAGCAUGGAUAAACCCCUCUGGGAAAUCCAUCUUCUCCUCCUCCACAAGUGCGUCAUAUUCCGUAUCCAUCACUCCCUCGGGGAUGGUAUUUCCCUCAUGUCCAUGCUCCUCGCCAGCUGCAGGAAGCUCCAUGACCCACGCGCACUCCCUACCAUCUCUGCUUCUGCUUCUAACACUACCUCUCGCUUCUCUCUCUCCAAUCUCCUCCUCACCCUCUGCUUUUGUUUCAUCUUUGCUCUCGACUUCAUUCUCAGGUGUUUGUGGAUUCGUGACACCAAAUCCGCCUUAACCGGCGGCUCUGGGGUUGAGCUCUGGCCCAGGAAGAUCGCUACUGCCACUUUCUCCUUGGAGCACAUGAAGACCGUCAAGACGGCUCUUAAUGCGACCAUAAAUGACGUUCUAUUUGCAGUUAUAUCAUCUGGGAUAUCAAAAUACCUGGACUUUCGAGCACCCAACGAGCUGCGAGACGGUGUUCAGCUAACAGGGUUAGCUAUGGUUAAUUUAAGAAAGCAGCCAGGAUUGCAGGAAUUAUCCAAUUUGAUGAGAAGCAAUUCAGGAGCAAGGUGGGGUAACAAAUUUGGUAUGAUUCUCCUGCCUAUAUAUUACCACAGAAGCAACACUUCAGAUCCUUUAGAAUAUUUGAAGAGAGCUAAAGCAAUGAUUGACAGAAAGAAACGAUCUCUGGAAGCCAGUUUCUCAUACAGAGUUGGGGAUUUAGUAAUGUCGACCCUUGGUCCAAAGUUUGCUAGCCUUCUAAAUUACCGGAUACUCUGCCACACUACCUUCACAAUCUCAAAUGUGAUUGGCCCACAAGAGGAGAUUAUGAUUGGAGGCAAUCCUGUAACGUUCUUAAGGGCAAAUAAUUCUGCCUUGCCUCAUGCGCUCAUUUUGAAUAUGGUGAGCUAUGCUGGAAGGGCAGACAUGCAAGUGCAGGUGGCCAAAGAUAUCAUUCCCGAUCCUGAGUUUCUAGCCAAGUGCUUUGAAGAUGCAUUGCUUGAAAUGAAGGAGCAGGUUACGGCCAAAAUCUGACUUCGGACAAAUUUAUUUUUGUUAAAUGUGAAAACAUAUUGAUAUACAGGCAACGUAUAAUUUACACUUUGAUAACCUUUACUUAGGGACUUAUUUGUCAUAUGUCCGGCUCUCUUUAGUACAUAAGUUCAAGGAUUUGUUGAACCACAAGCCAGUCUUGGGAAUGUCGAAAAAUGUACUGACAA